AUGACUGACCAGAGUAACCACCCCCAUGACGGAGAAGAUUCCGACGAGGUCAACUCCUUCACAAUGCUCCUCCCAAGAGAAGAAGGAAACAUUGAAUCGGUUCCUCUUCAACAUCAACGCUACAAUCUGCAAUCAAUCCACUCCUCCAUAUCCAUCAGGCAACUCCCUUCUCAGGGCCUUACCUUCCAGCUCUGGCUCGCGGCCGCCACUCUCGUUAAUCUCCUCGAUGGCCGAUUUCACCCUCAUCCUAGCCUUUCUGCCUUGCUCGCGGUUCGAGGCGCUGGAAAGCGCCUCCGUAUACUGGAGCUCGGUUCCGGCAUUGGCGUGGUGGGAAUAGCCGCGGCGGCGACACUAGGGGCUAGCGUUACCGUUACGGACCUCCCUCACGUCCUUCCCAAUAUUCAACUCAACGUUGACCUCAACUCCGAAGUUCUGGAAAACCAUUGCCCUCAAUUUUAA